UGGCAGAACAAAUGUGGGCAAAGCAGCAGCAGACCGUGUGCCCCACAAGAGCUGCACGUGGGAGGCUUCAUAGAAACAGAGAUGCUAUGGCCUGGCCCUUUUCUACACUCUGCAGAUUUUCUGGCCCAACUUUGUUCCAAAUGACCUUCAUUGCUGCUCUUUGGGUUGCUGUGUUUGGCAAAUGUGGUCCACCACCUGAUUUACCCUAUGCCCUGCCAGUAAGUGAUACGAAUCAGACAGACUUCGAAAGUUACACCUCCCUGAAAUACAAUUGCCGCCCUGGCUAUAUGAGGUCAGCCUCAAGCCAGAUUAUUCAGUGUAGACCUUCGGGGGAAUGGCAUAUUUCUAUCUCCUGUGUCAAAAAAUCAUGCAGGAAUCCAGGAGACUUACAAAAUGGACAGGUGGAAAUUAAGACAGAUUUCUCUUUUGGAUCACGGAUAGAAUUCAGCUGCUCAGAAGGAUAUGUCUUAAUCGGGUCAUCCACUAGUUAUUGUGAGAUCCAAGGCAAAGGAGUUGCCUGGAGUGAUCCUCUUCCAGAAUGUGUAAUUGCCAAGUGUGGGCCCCCUCCAGACAUCAGCAACGGGAAGCACAAUGGUAGAGAUGAAGACUUCUUCACAUAUCGCUCCUCAGUCACCUAUAGGUGUGAUCCCAACUUCUCGCUCUUUGGCAAUGCCUCUAUUACCUGCACUGUGAUGAACAAAACAGUCGGGGUUUGGAGUCCAAGCCCUCCUACCUGUGAAAGAAUCAUCUGUUCUCGGCCAAAUAUUUCACGUGGAAUAAUUGUUUCUGGAUUUAAACCUACCUAUAAAUACAAAGACUCUGUUAGAUUGGACUGUAUGAAAGGGUCCGUCCUCAGAGGCAGCAGUGUCAGCCAUUGUGAAGCUGAUGGCAGCUGGAGUCCUCUCCCGAUUUGUGAGCGCAUUAGUUGCACCAAUAUCCCAGACAUUCCAAAUGCUUACUGGAUAUACAAUCCCAAGCCAAGAAAGGAAGAUACAUAUGCAGUUGGGACUGUAUUACACUACCGCUGUCAUUCUGGCUAUGAACCUGCUACUAAAGAGCCCAUGACAGUGACUUGUCAGAAGGAUUUCAGCUGGAGCCCAUUCAAAGGAUGUAAGGAGGUAUGUUGUCCAGCACCAGACCCAAAGAGUGUUAGAGUCAUUCAGCAUACAAAAGCGCAUCCUGAGAAUGGCUGUACUUAUUUCUAUGAGGACACAGUAUCAUAUGUAUGCCAAGAUGGUAGUAAGAUCUUUUCAGCUACUUGCAGAUCGAAUGGCAAAUGGAAUCCCCGAGUACCGUCAUGUCUUCAGAGUUGUGAUUUUCCGCCUGCCAUUGCCCACGGACAUUAUACAAAAUUUAAUCAACUCUACUACAAAACUGAGGUUAGGUAUGAAUGUGAUGAAGGAUACAGACUGGUGGGAGAGGCCACCAUCUCCUGCAGCUUUUCACAAUGGACAGCAGCAGCUCCACAGUGUAAAGCUCUAUGUCGGAAGCCAGAGAUAGGAAAUGGAAUGCUGUCUGCUGAUAAAGAUCAGUAUGUUGAAUCUGAAAAUGUCACCAUCCAAUGUUACCCUGGCUUUUCCAUGCUGGGUUCCCAAAGCAUCACUUGUUCAGAGAAUGGAACCUGGUACCCAGAGAUGCCCAGAUGUGAGCAGGAGGUCCCUAAAGACUGUAAGCACGUGUUUGCAGGCAAGAAGACCAUGCAAUGUCUGCCAAAUUCAAAUGAUGUAAAGAUGGCUCUGGAGGUCUACAAGCUGACGCUGGAGAUUAAACUGUUGGAGCUGCAGAUAGACAAUGCCAAGUCCGUGGACCGGGAGCUAUGACUGGAUGCUCUCUCAAGGAGGAAGAAGGACCUCAUUGGCUUUCUGGCUUCAGUACCAAACAGAUUGCCUGCAUUUAGCAACCUUUUGUAACUUUGGCACCAAAGUUCAUGAUAAUCAAUAUCUGCUUAGAAUAAUUCAUCAAAGCACAAUGUUGUAAGUUCA